AUAUAAAACGCUGCGCCGCCGGCGGAAUCCCCGGCUUCUGGGGCGGCAAGUGGCGGGUCAGGUUGUAGAGCGUGCCGGGAGGGAAAGAAGAGUAGAGCGGCCGCUCCGGCGCCGGGCUCCGUCAGCCGGCCGCAGUGCCUCGCCAGCGGGCAUCCUGGCCGUGGGCACCUGUGCGGCGCGCGGCGCGAGGCCGCUGGGCGGCGGCGGCAUGAAGGUCACGUCUCUCGACGGGCGCCAGCUGCGCAAGAUGCUCCGCAAGGAGGCAGCGGCGCGCUGCGUGGUACUCGACUGCCGGCCCUACCUGGCCUUCGCGGCCUCGAGCGUGCGCGGCUCGCUCAACGUCAACCUCAACUCUGUGGUGCUGCGGCGGGCCCGCGGCGGCGCGGUGCCGGCGCGCUACGUGCUGCCGGACGAGGCGGCGCGCGCGCGGCUGUUGCAGGAGGGCGGCGGCGGCGUGGCGGCCGUGGUCGUGCUGGACCAGGGCAGCCGCCACUGGCAGAAGCUGCGCGAGGAGAGCGCCGCCCGCGUCGUGCUCACCUCGCUGCUCGCCUGCCUGCCCGCGGGCCCUCGGGUCUACUUCCUCAAAGGGGGAUAUGAGACCUUCUACUCAGAAUAUCCGGAGUGUUGCGUGGACGUAAAACCUGUUUCACAAGAGAAGAUUGAAACCGAGAAAGCCCUCCUCAGCCAGUGUGGGAAAACAGUGCUCAACAUCAACUACAGGCCGGCUUAUGACCAGGGUAGCCCGGUUGAAAUCCUUCCCUUCCUCUACCUUGGAAGUGCCUACCACGCAUCCAAGUGCGAGUUCCUCGCCAACCUGCACAUCACAGCCCUGCUGAAUGUCUCCCGCCGCACUUCCGAGGCCUGCACCACCCACCUACACUACAAAUGGAUCCCCGUGGAGGACAGCCACACAGCAGACAUCAGCUCCCACUUUCAGGAAGCAAUCGACUUCAUUGACUGUGUCAGGGAAAAGGGAGGCAAGGUCCUGGUCCACUGUGAGGCUGGGAUCUCCCGUUCGCCCACCAUCUGCAUGGCUUACCUCAUGAAGACCAAGCAGUUCCGCCUGAAGGAGGCCUUUGAUUAUAUCAAGCAGAGGAGGAAUGUGGUCUCACCCAACUUUGGCUUCAUGGGUCAGCUCCUACAGUAUGAAUCUGAGAUUCUGCCUUCCAUGCCCGCCCCCCAGGCGCCCUCCUGCCAAGGGGAGGCAGCAGGCUCUUCGUUUCUGGACCAUUUGCAGACAUUGAGCCCUGACAUGCAGGGCUCCUACUGUACAUUUCCUACCUCGGUGCUGGUGCCAGUGCCCACCCGCUCACCGGUCUCAGAGCUCAGCAGGAACCCUGUGGCCACAGCCUCAUCCUGCUAAAUCCAGGAUGGGAAGCCAGCCCAGCCCCUAGAGCAACUGUGAUCCUCUUUUUUCAACUCAUGGACAUUUCAUACCUGUGCAAUACUGAAGGCCUCACCCUGUCACACUGCCCUUGUGGGAUAGUGAGGGGCCACCAGUUGCAGACAGACUUCGGGGAUAGGUUCCUGGGACCGAAGGAAGGCCAAGCCAUUAUGCGAGCACAGCAUGUGCUGACUACUGUACUUCCAGACCCUUGCCCUCUCAGGAUUGCUUAGUCCUCACACCUCAAGGUUCGCCUUUUCAUUUCAAGCAUAAGGCAAUAACUACCUGCAGCAACGUGGGAGAAUGCAGUUGCUGGACCAGGAGAAAAGGCAGUUACAAGCCAAUUCAUUUUGAAGGAAGCACAAUUUCCAUCUUAUUUUUUGAACUUAGAUGGUCUCAGUGUCUGUCUCUGUUGCUUCAGGGCAGAAGCUGAUCACCAUGUAGUCGGGAAGACACCCCAGUCGGUAUGUAGG